AUGACGCAGGAGGCCUUCGACAGGAGUGUGGAGGAGGCACAGGCGUGGAUGGAGGCUGUGCAGCAGCGGCUACAGGUCAGCGACAACACGCAGGGACCCCGAGCCGCGCUGGAGGCCAGGCUGCGAGAGACAGAGAAAAUAUGCCAAGUGGAGCCGGAGGGGCACCUCAAGGUGGAGCUGGUGCUGAGCGCAGCGGAAGCCCUGCUGGCCUGCUGCCCCGAGGACCAGAGGCCUGCGAUCCUGGCCCGACUCAGGGACGUGAAGGCCCAGUGGGAGGAGACGGUUACCUACAUGGUUCACUGUCACAGCCGCAUCGAGUGGGUCUGGCUGCACUGGAGCGAGUACCUGCUGGCCCGAGAUGAGUUCUACCGCUGGUUUCAGAAGAUGAUGGCGACCCUGGAGCCCCAGGUGGAGCUGCAGCUGGGCCUGAAGGAGAAGCAGUGGCAGCUGAGCCAUGCCCAGGUGCUGCUGAACAACGUGGACAACCAGGCGGUUCUCCUGGACCGGCUGCUGGAGGAGGCGGCCUCCCUGUUCAACAGGAUCGGGGACCCCAGUGUGGACGAAGAGGCUCAGAAGAGGAUGCAGGCCGAGUACGAUGCUGUGAGGCUCAAAGCGCAGGACCGGGUGGAUCUCUUGCAGAAGAUGACCCAGGAGCAUGCGCAGUACCAGGCGGACCUGGACGAAUUCCAGCUGUGGCUGCAGGCGGUGAUGUCGAGAGUGGACGGCUGUCUGGGCCAUGCGCGUGAACUGACCACCCAGCACCGCCUCUCCAUCCUGCAGGACCUCGCCAAAGAGCUGCCCACAGGUGAGCAGUCCCUGACGAAGCUGGAGGAACAGUCCCUAGGGGUCAUCCGGAACACCUCUCCUUUGGGGGCAGAGAAGAUCACCGGUGAGCUGGAGGAGCUGCGGAAAUAUCUGGAAAAGCUGCGAGGCCUCUGUGUGGAGGAGGAGGAGAGAUUCCAGAGCGUGCUCAAGUCCCAGGGUGCCUGUGAGCAGCAGAUCAAGGAGCUGGAGGCAGAGCUCGGAGAGUUCCACAAGGGGCUCCAGAGGCUGACUGAGGAGGACCUGCAGCCCUCAGCGACAGGGGCCUCUGAGGAUGAGCUGGUGGCCCGCUGGAGACGGUACUCGACAAUGCGGGCGACGCUGGCGGCUGAGGAGCCCCGGGUAGACCGGCUGCAAGCCCAGCUGAAGGACCUUCUCGUCUUCUCCCAAGACCUGCGGCCGCUGUCCGACGGUGUGGUGGCAGCCCUGCAGGAGUACCAGAGCAUGAAGGGGAAGACCACCAGGCUGCGUAACGCCGCGGGCGUGGAGCUGGAGCAGCGCCUCCGGCGGCCCCUGCAGGACGUGCAGCUGUGGAGGGAGCUGGCCCAGAGGCUCCUGGACAUCACCGCCAGCCUGCCAGACCUGCCUUCCAUCCACACCUUCCUGCCCCAGAUCGAGGCCGCCCUGGCUGAGAGCUCCCGCCUGAAGGAACAGCUGACCAUGCUGCAGCUGAAGACAGACCUGCUGGGCAGUGUGCUGGGCCAGGAGCCAGCCACGGGCCUCCUGGAGCAGGUGGGGAGCGCCGUGAGGGACCGAGACCUGCUGCAUAACAGCCUCCUGCAGAGGAAGAGCAAGCUGCAGAGCCUGCUCUCCCAGCACAGGGACUUUGGGGCGGCCUUCGAGCUCCUGCAGAAGCAGCUGUCCGCCCUGCAGGCCAGGGUGCAUGCUGAGCACGGCCUCCAGCCAGAUCUUCCCAUGAAGAAGGCCCAGCUCUCCAGGCUGCAGGGGCUGCAAGAAGAGAGCCUGGACUUGGGGGUGCAGAUGGAGGCAGUGAGGCCUCUCAUUCAAGGGAACCCCAACCACCAGCACAAAAUGGACCAGCUCGGCUCUGACUUCCAGACACUGCAGCGGUCCCUGGAGAACCUCAUGGAGUGGAGCCGGCAGGCUGUGCGGGAACACUCGGCCUUUAGUCUCAAGGUGCUGGAACUGUGCCAGGGGGUGUCCGAACUCACCCAGAAACUGGAAGCUCAGCGGGGCGACGCGGGCCCUUGUAGCCUGGAGGCCCGAGAGGCUGAGAUCGAGAGGCUGCUGGCCGAGCUCCCUGAGAAGGAGGCCCAGCUGUCUCUGACAGAGGCCCGCGGUCGCCUGGUCAUGGAGGGAUCUUCCCCGGAAGGGGCAGUGGUGGUCCGGGAGCAGCUGGAGGAGCUGGCUGCAGCGUGGCGGGCCCUGCGGCUGCAGGAGGAGCGACUGCUGGGCCUCCUCAGGGACCAGAAGGUGCAGGGGACACAGGUGGAUGCCGGAAAGAGAGCCGUGUUCACCAACAACAUCCCCAAGUCGGGCUUUCUCAUCAACCCUCUGCAUCCCGUUCUCAGGCAUCGACGCCAGGGAAAUCCACUCCAGGAAGACAACAACCCGGAAGACUUCUCCCAGCUCCUGCAGGGCUUCGAGCGCUGGCUGCAGGAGGAGAACUCUAAGCUGGUUAGAAUCAUCUCUCUGAGAGCUGCCAAGGCCAAGGACCUGAGGGCCCAGCACAUGAAGCUGCAGGAGCUGGAGGCUCGGGUACCAGAAGGACAGCAUCUCUUUGAGAACCUCAUUCGUCACGGACCAGCACGGGGGACCUCAGAUGAGCUGGAGGACCUGCGCUACCGCUGGAUGCUCUACAAGUCUAAACUCAAAGACUCCAGCCACCUGCUGGCCCAGAGUCCUCCUGGGGAACUGACUGGAUUCCGAAAGGUCCAGCGGCGUGGCCUUGGCAGCCUCUCCCGGAAGGUGUGCUGUGCAGCGCUGCCCCUGCAGCUGCUGUUGCUGCUGCUGCUGCUCCUACUCUUCCUGCUCCCGGUCGGCGACGACGCGCGCAGCUGCACUGCCGCCAACACCUUCGCUCGCUCCUUCAAGCUCAUGCUGCACCACCAAGGGCCCCCACCCACAUAG